AUGGAUAAGAAAAAAAGAAAACUACUGACAGAGAAAAGUCUAAGCGUAAUAGUUGAGAACAUGAGUGACUUAUCUGAUUUAUCCGACUACGAUUCUGAGGACGAUCCUUGUUAUGAGAAUAGCAUCCAUUCUCCCUCUUCGAGCAUCUUAAAUCAACCAGAUGAUUGCCUAAUAGAACGUCGUCUUGAACAAAUUUUUGGCCUCGAAAAUAAUUUAGAUGAGCAUACUGUAGAAGUCGAGCCAAUGCAUGCAGCACAUACAGGUUUAUUGUCAGUUUUAGAUGACCAACCUACAACGGCAACAAAAGACAUAGUCAGCAAUGCUAAUUCAAUAAAUUCUCUUUCUGAGCAAGAUACUUCUAAUAAUCCACUUCAAGUUCAAGAACUAUACACUCAGGAACCAGAUAGUAGAUAUUCCGUAGAACAGACAAUAGAUAUUUCAGAAACAAUUUCUUCUAACAAUCCAGCUCCUGAGCAAGCAGUGAUCAUUCAAAGAUCAGAUAACAUUUUUUUGGAAGAUAUUGAUAUAAACGACAUAUUAGAAAAUGACGAGCAAGAGCCUCAACUUCACAGUGUUCGGGACCGAUCCCAACUAAGAGAUUGGAAGAUAAAAGACUUAACCCAUGAUGUUCCAAUUUUUGAAAAGCGUUUUAAGGCCAAUACCUCACACAAAACACAACCACUUGCUGUUUUUAAAAGAUUUUUUCCUGAUAAAUUAAUUCUAAUUAUAACGGAACAAACCAACAGAAAUGCUUGUCAAAAAAAUUGUACUAAUUGGAAACCAGUCACAGAACAAGAUAUCAGAGCAUAUCUAGGAAUUUUGAUCAUGAUGGGUUUAAAUCCUUUGCCUGACUUAAGAGUUAUAUUGGUCUUCAGAUCCUUUUUAUUAUAA